AUGGUGAACCAAGCGUACCUGGAUAAAAGAAAGUACGGCGAACGCGUGUACGAGUUGCUGGACAACUAUGACUCUGCGUUACUCGUGCACUGCGACAACGUCGGCUCGAAACAGUUCAUGGACAUUCGCACGGCGUUGAGACCAAACUCGGUCGUCUUGAUGGGGAAGAACACGCUGAUGAGAAAGAUCAUCGGCAACUAUUGCGACGAGAAGGGCAACAACGAUUGGAUGGUGUUGCACGACUUGUUGAUUGGCAACGUCGGCGUUAUCUUCACGAAAGAGGACGUCAAGGAAGUCAAGACGAAGGUUUCUGAGUUUGUCGUCCCGGCGCCCGCGAAGGUUGGCUCUACGGCGACGUGCGACGUGACCAUCCCGGCGGGCGUGACCCCGUUGGAACCGUCCCAAACCGGCUUUUUCCAAUUGUUGAACAUCGCGACGAAGAUUAACAAAGGGGCGAUCGAGAUUUUGUCUGAUGUUACCGUCGUUACAAAAGGCGAACGCGUCGGUUCCUCCGCGGCUGCUUUGUUGGGUAAGAUGAAAAUCACGCCGUUUGAAUACGGUUUAGUCGUCAAGCACAUUUACGACAAGGGCUCCAUGUACCCGGCGGCGGUUUUGGACAUCACCGACGAGCAGUUGGCGGCUAAGUUUGCCGCGGGUGUCUCCAACAUCGCCUCCAUCUCUUUGGCGACCAAGUACCCGACUUUGGCCGCGGUGCCGCACUACAUCGUCAACUCGUACAAGAACGUGUUGGCCAUCUCCAUCGGCACCGAGUACACCUUCGAAUUGGCGCAAAAAGUCAAGGACUAUCUCGCCGACCCGAGCGCGUUCCAAAGCGCCGGCGGCGGUGGCGGUGGCGGUGGCGGUGGCGAUAAGCCAGCCGCGGCCGCGGCUGCCCCGGUCGAAGAAGAAGAAGAAGAAGAAGACAUGGGCUUUGACUUGUUCGAUUAA